AUGGCGGAAAAGGGGAGUGGGAAUAUGGAAAAUAACAGCUCCGAUAAUGCAGUUCCUGGACGAACAGAGCAAAUAUUAUGUCAACCGUGUUCAAGUAAGGAUAAACAAACAGUAGCUGAUGCGUUUUGUUCAACAUGUGACGAGUUUCAGUGUACAGAAUGUUCAAGCGUACAUACAACGCACGCGUUCUUGAGAAAUCACAAGUUAGUGAAUGCAAAAGAGGUGAAAACGAAACAAGCUGCGUUUGAUAUGAAGGGAUUAGACCAAUGUGAUGAACAUCAAAAAGUUUUAGAAUUCUUCUGUGAAGAUGAGAAUCAGCUCUGCUGCAGUACCUGUGCUAUUGUAGCUCACCGAAAAUGCCACAGUGUCGUAGAAAUACAGAAUAUUGCCGGAAGAUCUCUAUCGACACGUUCCGAAUUAAAGGUCAAGUUGCAGGAAGUAAAAGAGAAAGCUGAAAAGGUCAUAGAAAAUUCCAAGUCAUCAGAAGAACAACUGAAUCAAGAUGUCAAAGAAUUGUCUUUGAAAAUUAGACGAAUGCGAGAUAAUGUAAUAAAAAUGUUUGACGAUUUGGAAAUUUCCGUUGCUAAGGAUGCUGAUUCAUUUAAGACAGAAACACUCAAUAAACUGACAAGGAAACGAUCAAAUAGUGAGAUACAUAUUGCUGAUGCAACAAAAUCUAUUGCAACAAUUGAUAACGUUCAUCAAAACGGGACGCCAUCACAACAGUUUAUAUUGGAACAUAAAAUGAAGAGGCAAGUCGAUGAACUUAGCAGCAACGUUGACAAGGAAUGUCAAAGGUUAGAGACCGUGACCGUGUCUUUUGAUUUUGAUGAAACAUUGAGACUGAUACCACUUCCGAUUUCUUACUACGUUCCAGGACAACUGACAUUAAAAUACUCCGUACCUGAAGCUGUAAAACCUAUAACAACUGUAGAUCCGAUUGUUAAAUUAACGACUAUUACUUCCAUUGAUCGGAAGCAGACUGGAGAUGAUGUCGAGGAACCGUUAUACUCAGGGCUGGAUUUCCUGCCGGAUGGUAGACUGGUUACCGUGGAUAAUAAAAACAAGAAAUGUUUGAUUUACAAUGAGAAGCUUGAGAAAGUAGGAUCAUUUCAGUUAUCUUAUAAACCACAAUGUGUAGUUGCUGUUUCUGAGGAGGAAGUGGCGAUAACAGGUAUCAAUAUAGACUUUCUACGUGUCAGUAAAUCUAAUGAAAUAACUUUAAAUAGGACAUGUAAAUUUCAGACAAAGUAUGAGUCUAUAUGUCUGAAAGAUGAGAGACACUUUGUUGUUGGAACUCAAGAUGAUACAAGACAUGUUCGUAUUGUGUCUCUGUCAGGAGAAGAGAAAGAUUUCAGUAUCAACUUUCCUAACAAGAAAUAUCCUGUAGACACUAGUGCGUGUACAUAUAUGAGAAACAGUGACAAAGUGGUUCUCACCGAUAGAGACGAGCAUACUGUCUACAUAUAUGACAUCAAGAGCAACACUAGAGUUGUUGUCAAGGACGACCAGAUCAAGGAACCAUGGGGUGUAGCAGUAGGUCCAUCCAACUGUAUCCUAGUUUGCAGUAAUCAAACACAUACCGUUGUACAGAUCUCUCCAACAGGUCGGGUCCUAUCAUCGUACAAGUUAGAUAUGAAGCAUCCAUACAAAGUCUGUGUUUCCAAGAACAAAUCACUUAUUGCUGUCUCUAGUAACUUGAAUGGUGGAAGAAAGUUGCAGUUGUUGAAACUGGUAUACUAA